UCAACUUUGUCGCACAGUCAACGUUGCAGCAGGAGUGAGUGCAAUGACCACAUGUCCAAAGGAAGACCGAAAGGAAUGUCCAGUAGCCCGUGUAUUUCUGGUCUAGUUCUCCAGCAGGAGAAAACCCGUUUCUGAUUCAAGACACGUGCAAAACAGGUAGGAUGGCGUCCGACUAUUCUCAGCUCAAGAUUGGUUUCAUUGGUGCAGGGAACAUGGCUUAUGGCAUUGUUAAGGGAAUCCUCAAAUCUGGUUACAUCACCCCUGCAAAUGUCAUAGUGAGUGCGCCGUCAGCCAACAACUUCGCUAGAUUCCAGGAGAUGGGUGUGCAUCUUGGGCACUCAAAUGUGGACACCGUGUCUGGGACACAGCUGGUCUUUCUAGCAGUGAAGCCCCAUCUCAUCCGUGCAGUCGUCACUGAAGUCUUACCGCAUUUAACAGAGCGACACACCAUCGUUUCAGUUGCUGCUGGUGUCACUCUGGAGACGCUUGAGCAACUCUUGCCGGCAGGAGUUGGCACUGUGCGCCUGAUGCCGAACCUACCCUGUGUGCUCCAGGAGGGGGCGCUGCUGUUCGCCAGGGGCUCGUCCACCACACCGGAGACGGGCGCCCUGCUGAAGUGCUUGCUCUCGGCCUGUGGGGCCGUGGAGGAGGGACCAGAGAGCUGGAUCGACAUUCACACGGGCCUGAGCGGCAGCGGGGUGGCGUUUGUGUACCUGUUCGCUGAGGCGAUGGCCGAGGGAGCUGUGAAGAUGGGCAUGCCCAGUGUGCUCGCCCAGCGCAUCGCCGCACAGACCAUCCUGGGCGCCGGACACAUGCUGAGGGACUCUGGGAAGCCAGCUGCGGUGCUGCGGGGAGAGGUGUGCACACCUGGCGGCACCACCAUCUAUGGCCUGCACGCGCUGGAGAAGGGGGGCGCGAGAUCAGCUGCUAUGUCCGCUGUGGAAGCUGCCACCGAGAGGGCACGAGAACUUGGCCGAAAAUAAUGAAUAGCACAUAUUCUCCAUACGGAAUGUCACACAUGCAUAUCCUGCUGGAUUAAUUAAUGCACAUAAGUCUCAAUAAAUGAAUGUUUACAACUUUUGGCAAUAUUGCUGCCUGCACACUUGAAACAAGAUGCUUGACAUACAAAAAUCUACACCACAAUCUUUAUAUUAAGUAAAAAUGUUUAGAAAAUCAAAAGAAUGCUCUGAUCUCUCAUUAUGCAUGGCCACGCAUGAUGAGUCAUGAUAAUAUUUACUUCAGAGUAUGGCUAAAUAUCAGACCCCUGCCCCCUCUCUAUUUAUGCCCUUAAAAAGUGGUAAUAAUAAUCUCUUCCAAACUAAUAAAUAAAAAAUGAGGUCCUCAUUGUAUUAAGACAGUGGAAUAGCUAGAUGGAUUUAGCCCGGGUGCAGCUGAACUUAAUCGUGAGUAUGACAUCGUCAGACUAAAAUGGAUACGCUUGGGAUAAACCUCAGGCUUGAGAGUCUAAAAUAAAGGCAUUUCAUAGCUGA